AUGAGGCAGAACUACAACACGACUGUGGACGGCGAGAGGGUCAAAUUGGUGCCCUACCGGCCAGAGCACGUUGACGUCUAUCACAGGUGGAUGGCUGACCCCUGGCUGCAGCAGGCCACUGCCUCCGAGCCCUUGAGCCUGGAGGAGGAGAGGAGGAUGCAGGAGUCGUGGGCCGAGGACCCCAAGAAGUGCACCUUCAUACUGCUGGACAAGACGCGUGGGGGGGCGAUGGCAGGGGACGUUAAUCUGUUCUGGAACGACGAAGACCCGAGUUGCGCGGAGAUAGAGGUGAUGGUGGCUGAGGAAGGGAGCAGGAGGAGGGGCCUCGCUUGUGAGGCGUUGCAGCUAUUCAUGGCAUACGCCACAAGAGUUUUGGGUGUGCAGAGGUUUGUGGCAAAGAUUGGGGAGGACAACGUUGCUUCUAUUGCACUGUUCAUCAAAUUGGGUUUUUCUCAAAAUGGCAGGAGUCCAAUUUUCAAGGAAGUGCACAUGGAGCUUGCCAUUGCUGGCUCUGUGGAAGCACAAAUGAAGGAAGUGGGACAACGGCUAGUAUUGGGGACGUAUGAGGGUGGCCCACAAGAGCAUGAACUCACUUCCUGA